CUUCCCAACAAUACGACACUUGUUACGCUCUGACGUCAGCUUUGAGCUCCGGGUACUUGUAGUUUUUUUUGGACGGUUAAUGUAGUCCUCGUGAAUAAGCUGUGCUCUAACGCGCAUGCGCGUGAGCUAUGAGCUAGCCGGUUAGCGUAGCCGUGAAAGUGCCGCUCGUUGUUGCUAAGCGACCAGCAGAGAGCCAGCUAGCAUCGUGAGUAAAGUUUACAGUCAGUAACUUUAUCUGGAAACACGAACAGGAGACUAACUGUGUUUGAAUCAGACGGACUAACGGCGUAAACACGAGCUGUGCGUGUGAAAUAAAGCUCAGCUCAUAUUUAAGCUUUGUUUUUAGCCUUUAAUGCUAAAGUCCCUCGGAGAGAGCACGACAACUUUUACCAGAGAUAAACAAGGUUUGAGAGCAUCAUCCCCACCCAUCCACAUCCCCAUAGAGGCCCAGUGUUAGGUGUAGUCGCAGAAAGUGUCUCCUCCUCUUCUUCUUUUUCUCUGGACUCCUGAACUUUUCAACUCCUCACCUCCACAUGCCCUUCAAACCUGGAAUGGUACUUCAAGUGACAUACACGUUUCUCAAUGGGCUCCUGUGGGACUUUGUUAAGUGUGUGUGUGUGAAAGGCUCUCGGCCUGCUGCUUGGCGCCACUUUGCCCACCCUCCACUCUCCUCCACCAAACCCUCUUGUAGUGGGACAGUUGAGAAGAUACACCGUGUGUGUGUGGACUCGGGUUACACUCCUCCGUCAGAUGGCGUUCUGCCUGGCUGAGCUGCACUUGUGGUCCACCAAGAGCUCACUCCAAGUCAAAGAUACAGAUAUUGGCACCUAUCAGUACUACGAUAAAGGAGAGCCAGCCAAUGCCCUCGAGCAUCACUACUACGAUGAGAAACUCCACUUCUGUGAAGCUCGAGGCUAUUCGUGGACCCCCAAGAACCGCCGACCGGAGAAGCUACGCGAUUCGCUGAAGGAGUUGGAGGAUCUGUUGCAGACCAACACCUGCGUUCACACCAGAUGGAGGAAAAAGCAUUGCUGCCAGGUGAUGCUGAGCAGUGGGGUACUGGUGACGCUGACCCUAAAUGGACCUCAGCUCGAACAAGUGUACAUAGACCGCACAUUAGUGGGCCGACUACCAGCAAACACAGUGACUGACGCGGUGCUGAGCGAUAGGCUGAUUCUGCUGUCCUUCCUGGAGCAGAGCCAAGUGGCUGCAGUCUACCUCAACCAAAAGAACCAGGACUCCCCGGAGACUGGCAGGCGAACAGACAAACUCUCGCCCUGUGAAAUCAAGGUGGUGUGUGUGGACAUGAGUGGGCGGGGUCGUAGGCUCCACAGGCGCGUCGGCCUCAACCGUCUCCAGGACGUGGCGCUCUGCUGGUGGGACCUAGACGAACCCGGUGAGGAGCUGUGGACCUGGACACCCACAGACACCCACAGGAACAACCUGGUCCUGCUCAGCUGCUCACCUGCUGAAGGCCUCAAGGUCCUCUGCUCCGUCCGGACAGAAGGCAAUCCCCUCGACUGCCGCUUCAGCCUGCUGCAGCCCUACCAGCUGCUAACAGUGGAGCUACCUGCAGGACAACAAGGACACAGAGAGGGCUCCUGGGCUGAGGCCUGUGUGUACGAGUGUGCACGAGAGCGCCUGCACCGGCUGUCGGUCACCCACAUCCCGCUACCAUCCCGCCCUGUCUCCUGCUCACAUCACCCCUGUGAGACCACGCUCCUCCUGGGCUUAAGCGACUCCUCCCUCGUCCUGUAUGACCAGCGGCGGGGGGUCUCUCUCCUGGCUUCCUGCCCUGUGCCACCCACCCUCCUCGCCUGGCACCCUGCUGGGGCCUUGGUCAUGGUAGGGGGAGGACAGGGGGAGCUGAUGUGCUUUGAUGUGGGCUUGGCACCUGUAAGCAUGGCACUGGUAGCAGAGGAGGUAGUUUCAGCUGCCACGCUAAGACUAGAUCAGCACCUGCGCUGCUUUGGAGGCUUGGAGGGAGUGCGGUGGGGGACGAGUCUGGAAGGAGGCCCGGAGGGGACAGAUAUCCUGAUGUUGGCCUAUCACGGGGGACCACUGGGAGCCUUGAGAUUCAGACUAGGGGCUCUGACCGGCGGCCAGAUGGGCCACGAGGAGCUGCUGCAGCAGCGGCUGCGUUGUGGCCAGGUCAGGGAUGCGCUGAGCAUCCUGGAGGCCAUGGACUGGAGCAUCAUGGGGGACGAGUGCUACCGAGGCCUGAGCUCGAUCACCAACCACCUGCUGAGGCUGGAGCUGAAUGCAGAGAGAGAGGCUCAGCUCGAAGCGGCUCUGGGUGUGUUUUAUGCCCCAUCUGCCCCUCUCUCUGAUGUGGUGAUACUCGAGUACAGGGAGCCGGUCAGCAAGUACGCCCGCCGCUUUUUUCACCACCUCCUCAGACACGAGCGCUUUGAGAAGGCCUUCCUCCUCGCUGUAGAUUUAGAGGCCAGAGAUUUAUUCAUGGACCUCCAUUAUGUCGCCAGCGAUAAGGGCGAGGUGGUGCUAGCGGAUGUGGCCAAGAGGAAAGCUAAUGAAAUCGAGGCCCGGGCCGACGUCGCAGGCGGCGACGAUCCUCUCAGAGGCAGGAAUGGUGUGUUGUGUGGUUCCAGCCUCGGGGACAGACAGACUGAGAGGAACCAGAGUGUAACAGGACCUUCGUUCCCGGGAACUCCCACUACACAUGUUGAUGGAAGAGCCAAUCAGAGGAGACCACAGGCCGAGAACGUACGCGUCACCGUGAGCCCGGACGUGUUCAGGAUACUGAGACAAACAGGAAGCACUGAAGGUGACGGAGACGACAGGAAUGAAGACGAAGACCUCGGGAUGCUUCACGUGGUCCAUUUAGGAACGGUCUGAAAAAACAAAUCAAGACACGAUAAGAACACUUUAUUGAUCCCAGCGGGACUCUGGAGAGACGACAACAACAUCUGAGUAGUGACAGCCUCUGUGUGUGUGUUGUGAAGUCGUUAUUUACCUGUAACAUCACCUGGAUAAUUGUACAGUAGAUGUCUGAUAAAGUAUUUUUUUAGUAAGUUGACCUGUUUUUGUGUUUCUGUGAACACUGAGCGGCUCCUCGCAGGUGAAGUCUAAACUAAACGAACACUUACACCGACUUCUGCCGCUUAAAAAACACGAGAAAAUGUUUUAAACGUCGCCAUUAAUCAGCCGGAAAAAAUAAAGACUUGUA